AUGGCAUCAAAUCAAAUUCAGCGCAUCAUCGUGCCAGAUCAGGAACGAGCAAGUCAAGUCCCUAGUGCAGCGACCGUUGGUGCCGCAGUAUCAAUCCUGCACAGGGACGGGAUAGUUGUUUUGGAAGACGUCGUGGACAAAGCUGCCAUAGCAAAGCUGAAUUCUGUCCUCACCGAGAGAUCUGAAGAGCUGGCCAAUGAUCCAUCCACGCAUUUCAAUCAAGGCAAAGCUACCCGCAAUAUCUCACAGCCACCGCCUGCUACACCCGAGCUCAUGUUCCAAUCAGUCUGGGCAAAUCCUUUCACAGCAACCAUCAGCGCCGCAAUGCUAGGGCCAAGCCCACGAGUGCAUUACGCCAAUGGAAAUACAGCACUAUACUCAACUGAGCGACAAACCGUUCAUGCAGAUCUCGACCACAAUCACCUCCGCUUCCCUUUCGCACUGGUGGCGAACUACUAUCUCAUCGACACAUGUCCCACGAACGGCGGCACGGAAGUGUGGGUUGGCAGUCACCGAGACACCAGUCUUGCCGAUCAUGUCGAUUCGCGCGACGCGCCGGGAGGCCUUUCAAGUAUUCGGCCAGAACUUGUCAGCGAAAGGCUCAAGGUCCUUCCGCCGGUGCAGAUCUCGGUCAAGGCAGGAGAUCUUGUGCUUCGGGAUGUGAGGCUAUGGCACGCAGGGAUGCCCAACAAGACUAACGUGCCCCGCAUCAUGUUAGCUUUUCUCAUAUUCCCCUGGUGGUAUCAGGCGCCCAUGAAGAUGGCACUUCCUUACGCAGCGCAAUCACUGGUGCAAAGAUGGACGAGGGAAACAGGGCUGGAAUUCGAAAUUGAGUGGUUGAAGGAAGACGAGUCACCGUCGAAGUUCUUUGUCACCACUGCCUCGGCGAAUGAACAUGUAGUGUAUGGAUGA